AUGGUUCGUUCAGUUCCUUCCCAUUGCAGUUUUAGCAAAGCAAUCUGGAAUGCGGACAGAUACUACGACGAAGUCUGUGACUACGAACCGGAAGCGACGUCAUCUGUGACGCCCAUUCCGACUGUCACUCUGGCAAAUGGAGUCGAAAUGCCUAUGCUCGGACUAGAUCAAAUCAUGAGUGAAUGUAGACGUGUUGAGCAGUUACCAUGGGAUCCUACAGUCCUUCUUUGUUCAUGA